AUGAGCGGUGAGAACGUGAAGUUGUUUGUCGGGAAUCUGCCCUUAGAUGCAACUCACGACGAGCUGAACAAGCUAUUUGCUCCAUAUGGAGAGAUCAACACCUGUUCCUUGCUCAGACAGUAUGCCUUCGUUACCCUGAAGGGAGAGGGGGCAGCAGACAGGGCUAUACGGCAUCUUGAUGGCAAAGAGUACAGAGGCAGGCCCCUGGUGGUGGAAGAGUCACGUGCACGCCCACCCAACUCCACUAAAGUAUUUGUGGGGAACCUCAGCGCAACAUGUUCAGCAGAUGACUUGCAUGGGCUGUUCUCAACCUUUGGAAGAGUUUUAGACUGUGAUAAAGUCAAGGAAGGGCCGUCAGUUGGCUGUAGAGCUGUCCAAGACUCAGCCUUUGAUCAACCAGAUUGUAGCAGCUGGAAAUUCAGCCAACCCACCUGGUGGCAGAGAGGGUCUUCUUCCCCGGCCACCUCUGUGUGUGCUGCAGCUGCAGCUGCUGCUGCAGGUCUGCCUAUACAAGUUCAACAAAGUGUCCACAACUCAUUCUACAACACCACAUCCUUUGACCCCACCUAUGCUGCACUAAAAGGCAUCACAAGUGCUAAAGGUGCAGAUGGGGUGAUAUAUGGUGCUCUUGCCAGCCAGGUGUAUGGAGCUGUUGCUGACCAGGUGUACCAGGAUAUGGCCAAUCAUAAUCCUGGAGCUGUUGUUGAAGAAGUAGAGCCACAGACUCAGCCAGAUCCAACAACACUUUUUGAGGCAGCAAGAGCCAAGUUCUUUCAGGAGGGACAGAAGGUUCUGGCAGAACAGCAGGCAGGGAGAAAGGCAGCAGCUUCAGAUAAUGAGCGGGACCGCAGUCCAAUCAGAGGAAAUCGAGCCCCCCUCCUCCCUGACCCUGUUCCAGGUUCCUUUGCUCAGAUUCGACCCAAAAGACGUGCCCUGCUGCCAACACCACCUGGAGGACCUGAAGAUCCCGCAGCUGCCACCACAGCUCCUGAAGGGUCAGAUCCUGUUGCUAGGUCUUACACAGAAUACUACCAGCAAAUGCAUCAAUACCAACAGUAUCAACAGUACCAGCAACAGUACCAGUACCUCCAGUAUGCCUACACCAAUCCUCCUCCGCCUCCUCCACCUCCCCCAGCCACCACACAGACACAGGCCCCCACCACAGCCACUGCACCGCCAGGGACGUACACGGCACCACCAACAUACACUGCAUCAGAAGCGUAUGCGCCACCAGGAACAUACGAUGCUUCUGGAAGUUACAGCGCCUCAUCGGGGAGCUAUGAUGCUUCAUCUGGGAACUACGAUCCCUCGUCAGGAAGCUACGACACCUCGGCUGGCUAUGAUGCAUCUGGGGGCUAUGGAGCAUAUGAUUCAUCAGGAGCUUACGCAGCAGCGGGAAGCUACACAACAUCCACACCGUAUGAGCAGACACCCGCACAUGGGCAGUCCAUGCCCCAGUGCAAUGAUUACCCUUAUCACACGCCAGAACCCCCUUAUCGAUAGUCCUACCCCCAUACACUCCUUCCCCACUGCAGGUGUGUGUGUGUGCGCGUGCGCAUGUGUAUUUACAUAAGGGACCGUUUCAAGAGAAAAAUCAGAGAUUGAGCCAGGUUGUAAUUCAAAUGUGCUUUAACUCGGAAGCAUCUCCCCCUUUGUACAUCUUAGCUGACUUGUGGCUAACUAGCUUGCUUGACAUUUGCUGCCUGUUGAGCUAAGUGGGUGAUUAUAAGUAAAUAGAGUUGGGAGUGAGACAGCUAGUCUUGGAUUAUAUUGAAACAUUCUGGUUCUGUUGAAUGAACAUCUGGUUCAUUGUUGAAUACAAAAGCAUAAAUUUUUCUUGUGACAAGGUUUGACUCGGGUCAGAGUUGGAUUUCAUAAGAGAAGCUUUCUGGAUCAAGGCCUCCUAUAUACUCUAUAUUCAAGUUUGCAAAUUUGGAGUCUUCUUUCAAUGGUGCAUUCCAGAAUGCGCAAUCCAAAAUUUAUCAAACUAAAUUCUUAAUUGCAUUAUCAGUGUUUUGUGUUGGGUACAAAAUUAAAACUACUCCUCAGUCAUUACCUAACAAUUUAUAUCUGUUUUGACAAUGUUGUACUCUUGACCUGUAUUCAGAUUACUCAAAAUUAACUUCUUAGUCUUUUUUGCAGUGAUGGAAAUCGAGAUCUGCACAGGCACACAUUCCUUCACAAUGGCCCAAUUUUAAAUGUACCUCUAAGCUUGAAGAACACCUUGUGUGGAGUAUGUAAUAGGCCUUGCUUUGAAUUCUGUUGCAUUAUCCUUUUUGUAAUUUCCAGUGUGUUCGUCCAGACAUUUGAGUGGUGCAUCAGACAGAUUUAAUUGCCUUUACUCGAGAACCUUCAACUGGUAAAAAAUUAAGCUGGUGUGUUAAUUAGCCAGAUAUUCUUAUGAA